AUGUGACGCACAUAUGUUAUCUCAAAUUAUAGUAAACACGAGAUGGACAACCAAGCUUUUAAACAGCAGCAGUAUAACCAGCCCCACCCCCACCCCCAAUCCUACGGCCAGGGUCCCCCACCUCAGUAUGGCCAGCAGUACGCACCGCAGUAUGCCCAACCAAUGCAUCACAGUACAUCAAACGUAACAGUAGUGACGGCCGGACUACAACCAACAGUUGUCGUUCCUGUUAAUAUCACGGAAAGGGACUGGACAGUUCCCGCCAUACUUGCUACACUCUUCUGCUUCCUCCCUACCGGGAUCUGUGCCAUCAUCGCUGCCGUCAAUGCCAGAAGCCUGUUUCAAGCUGGUGACCACGAGGGAGGGAGAGCCAGCAAUGCCUGGGCUCGAGGUCUAACCAUUACCUCCAUAGUAUUGGGAACCGUGUUGAUUUCCAUCAUCAUAGGACUGUACAUCUGGGUGUGGAGCGUGGCUACUAGUUUCAAUAACUAUUGAAAGAUAAAAACAUCCAAAGACUGAACUGGAACAUCGAUAAUCAACAAAAUUUUUGUUAAAUUCAAGAUUUACUCAAAACAUCACCUGUAUUAUCGAAUCAUUUAAAUAAAACUUUUUAUAUGAAGAA